AUGUAUCCUGUCCUGCGAAUAGUGCUUCUCACACAGUAUCUGAUAGGAAUAUGUAAUGCUGUGCUGGACAGUGUUGUGGUUCGUGGGACUGGACCGGUACCUCCCCUCGUGAUACCGCCAAGUCAAUACUUCGAGGGAAAUGACGGACCAUGGAGUACGUUCAACCUCCGAGUCGGGACACCAGGGCAAGAUGUUCGUGUCACUAUCUCCACCGCAUCGCCCGAGACCAUGGUGGUGCUGUCCGAGUACGGCUGCUCAACCAUCGUCUUCAAAACUGUCCCGGAGCGCUGUGCAAGCUCUCGAGGCCUGAUGUUCAGUCCAAACUCGUCGUCGACGUGGAGUGACAAAGGCUUCUUUGGGAUCAAUCAAGACGGCGUUGGCCUCGAAGCCAAUCUUGGUUAUACCCAGGCUGCAAAUUUUGGAUUGGACACACUUGGUUUGGGCAUGGUAGCUGGUGCGAAUGGCCCUACUCUCAAAAACCAGACCAUCGCGGGCAUUCCUUCCGCUUCACCAUUUUACUUAGGAAUUUUCGGUCUCGGUACACAGCCAGUCAACUUCAGUUCGCUGGGUAAUUACUCGGCGCCUUCCUACUUCACGUCUUUGAGGGAUCAAAAUCUCAUCCCUAGCCUAAGUUGGAGCUACACCGCCGGGGCAAAGUACCGUAAGCUAAUCCGCGUUUCCCUUUUCCUCAUUCGAAUCCUCACGCUCUCUAAAUUAGGACUCAAACAGGUCUAUGGCCAACUAAUCUUCAGUGGCUACGACACCUCCCGCUUCACUUCCAGUCCUAUCUCUUUCACUAUCGCCAAAGACCUUACCCGCGAUAUAGUCGUCUCACUUCAAUCCAUCACCUACAGCGGCACCGUCCAAACCUCCCUCCUCGCCUCCCCAAUCUUGGUUUUCAUUGAUUCCACCGAUCCCAACCUGUGGCUCCCUGAAGCUGCUUGUCAGCUCUUCGAAGAGGCUUUCGGCCUCACCUUAGAUGAUGCCACUGGGCUGUACCUUGUUAAUAACUCGCACCACGAGGCGUUACUAUCUGAGAAUGCAGAAGUCAGCUUUAAACUCUCUGAUACCAUUGGCGGCGGAGGAACCGUCAAUAUUGUUCUCCCAUACUCUGCCUUUGACCUGAAAGCAGAGUAUCCGAUGGUCAACAAUGCGAGCUUCUAUUUUCCUCUGAAGAAGGCGGCGAAUAACACGCAGUACACCCUGGGACGAACGUUUCUACAAGAAGCUUAUCUGACUGUCGACUACGAGCGCGGUAAUUUCUCGGUGUCCCCGUGCUCGUGGGUUGAAGGCGCAGCGCAGAAUAUUGUCGCAAUAAGCUCGAAGGACUCCAAAGUUGGAAACAACACUACGCCAUUGAUAAUCGCACCAGGAGAUGCAGAACCGAACCCGACGUCGCCCAAGAAUGGCAUCGACACUGGUGCUAUUAUCGGCAUAGUUGUCGGCUGCGCCAUUUUCGCCAUCCUACUCGCCCUCGCUGGAUAUUUCUUUCUUAAACGAUGGAAAGAGAAACAGACCUUGUCGCAGAUUAUCGAGUCUUCGGACUCGCACAAAGGCGUCGUGGGCUUGGAGGGCUUGGAAUCACCAGAAUAUCAUAAGCUAUCGAGUUUAAAGGCCACCGAUGGGGAGUUGAGUAAUGAUAGCCAGAUCUACCAGCUACACUCGGAACAAAUGCCUCGUAGGGCUGCUGAGACAAACGAGGAUUUGGUGAGGUCAGUAGCGUAUGAGCUGCCAGGGUCUGCGGUCAAGAGUGUAGGGCUGGAUGUGGAGGAAGGGAAUAAUGCUGUGUCUCGAUAG